AUGGGAAAUUGUAUGAAAACUUCAAAUCGUAAACAUCCAAAUGAACAUUUUAAUAAUGAUGGAGAUAAUUUACCAUUGUGUAAACCUUAUCAAUCUGUUGAUGAUAUUAAUAAAUUGAUAUCACUUUUCACUGGAGAUUCUAAUGAAUUAAAUCAAUGUAUGUUAAAAAAUGAUGAAGAAGUACAACAAUUGAAAUCUGCUAUACAAGCUUUAUUACAUGGAUAUGCAUUGAAUACACAAACAUUUCAUUCUAUAUCAGAAGAUAGUACUAGUAAUGAUUCGGAUACAGAUUCAUUUCGUUCAGAAAAAUGGGAUUUAACAUUACCUACUAUGAAUAAAAUUGGACAAUAUGAAAAAACAGGACAUACUACUACUAAUACUGCUGCUACUGCUACAGGAGGGAUAAGUCAUAAAUUGUUUAAAUCACCUGAAUGGCCAAUGAUUAGUACACAUAUACUUGGAUUUACUGUGUUAAAAUCAAAUUUAUUAAAUUGUAUAGAAUGGUUAGAAUAUGAUGAAGAGAUGACACAUACGAAAAUCCCAACGGAUCAAUUACCAUCAAUUCAUCCAAGUGAACAACCAACAACAACAACAACCUCAAAAGAUGAUGAUUCAAAUGCAUCAAACGAUGAAAAUGAUACUAUGAACGAAGUGAAUGAUACUGGUGAUGAUAAGGCCGCUGAUCAUACUAAUAAUGAUGAAACUUUAUUACCAGUCAAUCGAUUAUGUUAUACCAUGUUUAUAUGUCAAACAAAAUCGGAUGCAAAUAAAUUUUUAAAAAUAUUUCAAAGUAUGAAAAAAUGUAUGCAUAGUUUAGAAGUUAGAACUGGAUGUAAAAUUCGUUUAAGUAAAUGUUUAUUUAUGUAUAAAGGUAAUCUAGUACGUAUACUUGUUAUUGAUGGACCAAGUAAAGAACAAAUUGUACAAUGUUAUACAAGUUUACCACAAUGGGUUACACGAUUGUUGAUAUUGGAAAAAGAGAGACCAAAUGCAAGAUAA